UGUCUUAAAAGCAUUUGAAAUAAAUGAAUUAUCAUUAAACAUGUUCAAAACAAAAUAAGAAAAAACUGAUUAUAUAAUAAAAUGUAUGGAUAAAUCAAUAUCUUAACUUUUUAAUAAUUUUAAGGAAAAAUAAGAAAUAAAAGAAAGAAAAUAAGAGGAUAACGAAAAAAAAGAGCAAAUUCGAACGAAAAAUGAAAAAAUGGAGGAUGAUUAUUUCCCUUGGUUAAAACUUAAAACAUAAUAUGAAAAUUUACGUAAAAGACUAAGUACAAUAAUAGUUGAAAAAUUAAAUGAUUAUGAUAAUCUAAUAUUAGUAUUAUAAAAACUUAAAGAAAAAUAACAUCUAAAAGAUUAAGGGAAAGAAACUGCUGCCUAAAAUACCAAAUUUAAUUUAUAAAAUAUAGAUAUGACAAGUACCAAAGAUAUAUUUUUAAAUAUGAGUAAUUAUGGAAAUCCUCGUACAUAGUAAUUCCUUUCUAGGCUAGGUUUAACGAAAAACGACAAUUCUUUCAACGUAUCAAAACGAUAAGUAAUGUCAGUUAGUUUAUAAAAUAAUAAAGAAUCAAAUAUCAAUAAAACAAUAUAUUCAUCCCCUUAAAAAAACAAAGAAGAAGACGAUGAUAUUUUCUGGACUUAAGAUAAAGAAGAUAUUUUUAAAUAAUAAAAAAAUGUAAAAAAAAAAUUAUAUACAUAUGAAGUUAGUAGUUCUUCUUGGAAUUCAGUUGGAUUUUUGCCUUUUGUUUAAAAAUAUUUCAUGAAUAUGAAAAAAUAAAUGUAAAGAGAUCAUUUAAUUAGUAAAUUUUCAGAAGGUGAAGUCCUUUCAGAUGAAGAAUUAAAACUUUUAGCUAAUACAAGUAAAUUAUUAAAUGCUUGUAUUAAUAAAAAAUUCGUCUAAAGUGCAGUUGAUAUUAUAGAUGAUGAUAUUAUUGCUAAUUUAGAAUUAGGUUUAGCUGAGAAUAUAAUUAAAGUUUUUGAAGAAAUAUAAAAACAAAUAAAAUAAAGUAGAUAAGAGUUUAUUAAUUAGAAAUUAAAAAAAUCAUAUUCUUAAUUAGCAAAUUAUCAAGCAAAUAUCGAAAACUAAUAAAAAAUUGCAUUAAAUAGAAAAAUUAUUCAACGUAAACAUAGAAUGUUAUCCACAGUAUGUAAUAAAAUGUAAAAAUAAGGCAAAUUCGACUAAAGUUAUUUAAAUAAUGUCCUCGGAGAGGAAAAAAUAAAUGAAUUUUUAUAAGAAAAAAUAAACUAAUAUGAAUUAAUAUAAUAGAUAAAAUCAUUAGACAUAUAUUCUGUAUAAACUCAAGAAUAAUAGAAACUAAAAAUACUUUAGGAAAUCUAAAAAUAAUAAAAAAAAAAAUCCUAAAAAGAUUACAUUAAACACCUCUCAUAGCCAAUUCACAAAAAUUUUUCAAUUUUAGAAAAAAAGCACACAUAUCAUCCCCCUUCUAAAGUUUUUUUAUUUCCAAAAGAUCGAAAUAUAUAAGAAUAUACAGCCGAAGAACUAGAAAAAUAUAAUGAAUCAGAUAAAAUAAUGAACUAAAUAAAUCAUGAAUAAUAAAAUAUAUAUAAACUAAAUAUAAAAUCUCCUUAAGCCUAUAAGAAGAGUUAUUUAUUUAAAUAAUUUUAUUCAUCAGGUCCUAUUUAAAAAGAAGAAAAAGAUUAAAAAGAAUAAACUUUAUAAAAUUACAAUGAAAAAGAGAUAAAAAAAAUAAUUCUAAUAUAAAAAAAAAUAAGAAUGUUUCAUUAAUAAACUAAAAUGAAACUAUAACUAGAAACUAAAAAAAAUUAAAGAUAGGAAGAGUUAAAGCAUAAAAUCGACCUUAUAGCAUCUCUAUAAAAAAACACCUCUGUUAAAAUUACUCCUAAUUACAAAUAAAAUACUAUAGAAAUCGUUUAACUUAAAAAUAGCUCUAUUCUUUCUCAAAAAGACGAUAUUUUAGAAGAUUUUUCAUAAAAAAAAAAUCAAAAUUCUACUUUUUCAUCUACUUAAUAUACAUAAAAAAAAGACUAUUAAAAAAUUACACUAAAAAGAAAACCUAUCUAAUACGAAUUAAAAAAUCUUAAAUUAAUUGAAGCUGCUAAAAGUAAUAAAUUCUGGAUAAUUAAUUCAUCUUAAUUUAUUUAUUCCAAAAACGAUUUCUAUUAAGCAAUUGAUAUGUAAAGAAUGUCAGCUUUACAUUGGGCAGUUUUCCAUAAAAAUAUAGAAUUUGUUCAAUGGCUUUUAGAUUAAGAAGCUGACCCGAAUUAUGCAGAUAAAAAAGGAAAUACAAGCACACAUUUAGCAUUUAAAAGUGGUAAAAUAGAUAUUAUUUUAUUAAUUAUUAAAUAUGGAGGUGAUCUUAAUUGUAUUAAUUAAUUUGGAGAAACUCCGUUGGCUAUGGGAAAUGCAUAAAUACUGAAAAUGUUGGGUUUGUAAAAUGGUGUUAGUUUAAUACUUUAAGGGGGUUAGGAAAGAAUUUUCGAUAAUAAUUAGCUUUUAAAGAAUAUUAAUAAAAAUACAGUUAUAAGUAUUAAAUAAUAAAUUAAUAAUAAUAAAUAAGUAUAAAAUAAUAAUUAGAGAUAAUAAAAAAAUUGUACAUGA